AUGGAGCCGCGGCGAGUGUUUCGCUUACCCCGCCCCGGCCAGAUCCCUGACCCCCCUCAGGGCAGGCUGCAGGGACUGCCGGGUCGUGUCCAAUGCCAGCCCUCUCUCCCCCGCCCCGCUGGCCCCGCUCCCCCCAGCCCCAAGCCCAACGUGGCGCCGCUCUCCACCCUGCUCCGCAGCCUGGGCUUCCACGAGCAGCCUUGUCCCCCUCCGGGGGGGGUCAGCUUGCCCCUCGGCCGUGGCGGCGGCGCUGCGGUGGAGGCUGCGGCCUGGCCCGGCCCGGGCCCGAAGGAUGACGAGGGGGUGGCAGCGCUCCCCGCGGGCCCGCGGAGAGCAGCCCCAGCUGUCGUCUUACCCCGUGGGAAGCCUUACUCUGCUCCUGAGCCCACCCUUCCAGGACCCCAGCCCUCUUUGCUGCCCACACCUGUCCCAGGGACCCCCCAGGCUGCCAGCAGACCGGCACCGCAGAUGAAGACCACAGCAAAAGGAAUCACCAUGCCCCUGGGGCUCAACUCAGUUAAAAUCCACUGCCAGAACGAAGCUGUCUACCAGUACCACGUUACCUUCAGCCCCGAGGUGGAGUGCCGGAGCGCUCGCUUCGCCAUGCUGAAGGAGCAGCGGGCGGUGACUGGGGACGUGACUGCCUUUGAUGGCUCCAUCCUCUACCUGCCCAUCCUGCUUCCCCAGCAGGUCAGUGUGAAAGCUCAGAGGAGGAGUGAUGGGGAAGAGAUCACCAUCACCAUCCAGAAAACCAAGGUCCUGGAGCCCAGCUCAGAUCUCUGCAUCCCCUUUUACAAUGUGGUUUUCCGGAGAGUGCUGAGGAUCUUGGAUAUGAAGCUUGUGGAGAGAAGUUUCUUUGAACCAGAGCAGGCUGCAGUUUUGCAGCACUGCAGGAUGCAGAUCUGGCCAGGAUACUCUGUCAGCAUCCGGAAGAAGGAGGGAGGCCUCUUCCUCCUGGUCGAUGCCAUCCACAAAGUGAUCUGCAACGAAUCUGUGCUCAGCCUCAUGCAGAGCAUCUACAGGCAGAGUGCCAGCAGCUUCCAGGAUGAGUGCACCAAGCAGCUGGUGGGCAGCGUGGUCAUCACCCACUACAACUACCGCACCUACCGCAUCGAUGACAUCUGCUGGGACAAGAGCCCAAGGAGCACUUUCACCCUGGCCAGCGGGGAGGAGGUCACCUUCUUGGACUACUACCGCCGAACCUACGGGAUCGUCAUCAGGGAUCUGGAGCAGCCUCUGCUCGUCCACAGGCCCAAGGAAAAACACACCCCCCAGGGGAGGUGUCAGCUGGACAUGGUGCUGCUGGUGCCCGAGCUGGCCUUCGUGACAGGCCUGCCUGACAAGAGGAGGGACAGCAGGAUGGUGAAGGAGGUGAUGAGGGAGCUUCACCAGAGCCCCCGGCAGCACUGCCAGCGCCUGGCCGUCCUCCUGCGCCGCAUCAGGGAGAGCCCCGAGGCCCUGCAGGAGCUGAGCCGCUGGGGGCUGAGGCUUGAGCCUGGGAUCCACAGGACCCAGGGCCGAAUCUUGCCCAGCGAAAGGAUCAGCCUGAGGCACUGCUCCUUCACCCCCAGUGAGGAGCUGAUCUGGAGCAAGGAGGUCACAAGGGAAGCCUCCAUCUCCACGAUCCCCAUGAGUCACUGGCUGCUGGUUUACCCCAGGAAGCUGCAGGACCUGGCAAGGGACCUGGUGAUCACCAUGGAGAGCAUGUGCAGCCCCCUUGGGAUGCAGGUCAGCAAACCCAUCCUGGUGGAGCUGAAGGACGACCGCAUCGAGACCUACGCCAAGAGCAUCCGCAGCUUCCUGAACACCCAGGACAGGGUGCAGCUGCUCCUCUGCCUGAUCUCCGGCAACCGCGAGGAUUUGUACGCGGCCAUCAAGAAGCUCUGCUGCCUGCACGCCCCAGUGCCCUCCCAGGUCAUCAACGCGCUCUCCCUGGGGAGCCAGCUGAACAAGAUGAGGGCAGUGGUGCACAAAGUUCUGCUGCAGAUCAACUGCAAGCUGGGUGGGGAGCUGUGGGGAGUUGACAUCCCCCUGAAGCAGCUGAUGGUGGUGGGGAUGGAUGUGUACCACAGCAGAGGCGCCAGCUCCGUCAUCGGCUUCGUGGCCAGCAUGAACCCCAUCCUCACCAAGUGGUACUCCAGGGUGGUCUUCCAGAUGCCCCACCAGGAGAUCGCCGACAGCCUGCAGCUGCUCCUGCUCGAUGCCCUCCAGCGCUUCCACGAGGUGAACCACCUCCUGCCCCAGAAGAUCGUGCUGUACCGGGACGGAGUCGCCGACAGCCAGCUGGACACCGUGCUCAAGUAUGAGAUCCCCCAGCUGCAGAAGUGCUUUGGCAGCUUCCACAGCUACCAGCCCAGCAUGGUGGUGAUGGUGGUGCAGAAGAAAAUCAGCACCAAGUUCUACACCCUGCUGGGGGAGCAGGUGGGGUCCCCUCUGCCCGGCACCGUCGUCGACCACACCAUCACCAGCUCCGAGUGGCAGGACUUCUUCUUGCUGGCACACCACUCGCGCCAGGGCUGCAGCAACCCCACGCGCUACGUCUGUCUGCUGAACACCACCAGCCUCAGCUGGGAGAACCUGCAGAGGUUGACUUUCAAGCUGUGUCACCUCUACUGGAACUGGCCAGGCACCAUCCGUGUCCCUGCCCCCUGCAAGUAUGCCCACAAGCUGGCAUUCCUGGCAGGGCAGGUCCUGCACCACGAGCCCAGUGCCCAGCUCAGGGACAAACUCUUCUUCCUCUAGCUCCAAAAAAGACCCAAAGCAGAAGGAGAGCUUGGUUGGGAUGUCACCUUC